AUUGGUGUAAAGUAAUAUCAACUGCAUACUUCCGGUUCGUCUUACUUGCGUUUUUUAGAACCUUGGUGUUCAAAACUAAAAUAGACUCAAUUUCUAUAAACAUCUACGAGCAAUCUACUCUUAAUCGCUAUCUAAUUCAUAAUGGCUCAAGACGACAAUCUAGCAGAUGAAGUUGGAACUAAAUUUUUAGGCAACCCUAUUAGUAUUGAGGAUAUCUACGAAGCAAAUAACGUUUUGGAGAAAGAUGCCGGGUCUAACAAUGAAGAGAACAACAAAUUGAUGAAUCAGCUUAUCACUACAAUCUAUAAGGGCAACAAUAAACAGAAGAGUUUAGCAAUUCAGCUAAUUAUUCGCCAUUUGAAAAAAUUUCCAGUUUUAAGAAGUGAGGCAUUUAACGCCAUUUUGGAAGCUACCAACAAAAGUUCGAAUGAUCCUUUGCUAUUGAAAAUUGCUAGAAGUAGUCUUGUGCAAUCUUCGAAGUUUUCUGAAUCUAUUGCCGACCUUGUUUCUACAAUAAUAACUGACUUUGUAGUGCGAGUUAAUGUAUCUGACAAAACUCUAUGGAUUCAACCACUGACUGAAUCUUUCAACCAGCAUCCAAAAGUUACUCUAGAAGCUAUCUUUACUGUUAUAGAUCCUAAAUUAGACGCAUCAGUUCCGUCGCAAUUCAUUAAUUUAAUACUUAAUGACUUUCGUAAAAAAAGUGAAACUGAAAAAUGGACCAAAGACAUUGAAACUUUCUUCGUCCAGGAAUUAGUUAACGUACUUCCUAACUGUGAUAAGAAAGAUCUAGAAAUCCUGAUACCGUCUCUAUGCCAGAGGAUUAGAGUGGUUGAUAGACCUGUUAAAGUAAAGCUUUUAGAAAAAUUCAUUGAGAAAAGUGCACUAACAGUCCCAUUCGAGCCUACUAAGGAAAAUUAUCAAUGGUUGGCUUUCGUUUUAAAACAAUCGCUAUUAAUUUGUUCGACUGGAGUUCCUUCUACCCAAUUAGUGGAGUAUACGUGCCUAAAUGUUAUAGAUCACAUUUCUAACUUUCAGAUUGAUGAUAGUGAUCUUCAGCUGGAACUUUUGACAUCCCUUGCUUUACUCUGUCGUUAUAGCGGGACUUUAGAAAAUAUUUCUGAAAUAUUGCAAUCGAUGUAUAAUGGACUAUUACUGUAUCUGCCUCUACCAGAAGACAAUAAUUUAGAAAACUUGGAGGAUCAUUCAAACUUACAGCUCGAUGUGGUUGAAUCAUAUCUCUUCGCCUUUCACAAAUUAGCAUCUCAACAAGUAGAAUUUCUCAUGGACGGAGAGAAGGUCAAAGAUUUUCGUAAAAGGUUACAAUUUGCUGCCCACUGCGCACGCAAUCAUCUGAAAGUUUUAACAUCUAGCAAAAAAGCUGAAACCGAAAUGGACGAAGAUCAAAAGCAUUGGCGAGCAACAGCCAUUAAAACUGUGAAGAAUAUCGACGUCUUAGUUCGUGAUCUAAUGCAUGUUCCUCCAUCGUACAAAUCGAAUUGCCAACUUUCAAGCGAAAGUUCUUAUAUAGGAACUACAAAACGCCAAUUUGUUUCUGACUCUGAUGAUUCUUCACCUAAGAAGAAAGCAAAAUCUAAUCAGUCUAUUUAUACUCCACCAACCGGAAAAUUCAGCGAAAGAGCUGGUACUUUUCAACACCAAAACCGUGGUAGAGGUCGGGGAUUCCGUGGACAAAGAGGUCAACGUUUUAGAGGAGGUCAAGGCAGAAGAUUUAACCGUGGAGGCUUUAAAAACGUAUAUUAG